GAAACAAAACAGCGGGCGGCCUUAAAAUUCGCUGACUUUUUUUUUACCGUGCCGUAAACCAGUUAACAAAGCGAAUAAGAGCAAUCAAAUAACAGCAUAAUUAAAUAAAACAGCUUGCAGCCUGCAAAACGGAGUCGUUCAACAUAUUUUCUCUUGUAAAGCACUCCAGUUGAGCAUGUGAGCAUUUAAAAAGUGGCUACCUUUAAUCUCGUUAUGGAUAAAUUGCGAUUAUUUUUUAGCCGGCUUACAUCCCUCCUCCCAUCAUCUGAUUUCUGCGAUGCGGAUCCUUGUAUUCGACUUCGUGAAGGAGUUGAAGCGUACAUACAAAAGUCUAAUGAUGAGAACUUACUGUUUGAUCUUAAUGGCACAGAAGUUCAUGAAGCAUUUUAUUUGUGCUGCCUUAAUUUUCUGUACGCUUGUAAUGACCUAUGUAAAAGCAAUGCAACCAACAGUAGCGCUGACAUUCCUAUUUUCAGUGUGUUUCAGGAAAAACAGUUGUCCUCAUGCCUUCAGUUUGUUGUAGCAUUUGGCAUUUAUCCGCUUUUAGAAACCGGAGUUUCUUUACCCUUAAGUAUGCGUUUAGAAAAUAUCGACAAGUUCAUCUGUCCUCGGAAGGAAAAGGAUGGAGAAAGAAUUGAAAAACUGAUGAAGAUUAUCAAGUGUCUGCUUUGCUUGAAAGAGUCUAAAUCUUUCCAGUUACAACGAUUAGUCAGCACCACUUCAUUUUUGGGUGAUUUAAUUGCAAGUUUAUUUCAAUCUGCUUUCGGAAUGGAUUCAUAUUUGCGUAGUAACGAUUUCACUCCUGAGAGAGUUUCUUCGUUAAUGGCAUACAUUCGUGAGUCUCGAAAAGUUCUUUGGAAACUGUUACUUGAGCUACCACGUCACAUUGCAAUGAAAGAAUUAAUGAUUCUUCAAGGUGGUACACAUAUUCGUGUUAAGGGAGCUGUUCAGUUACCCAAAGCACCAGUCUGGUUACGUAAAUCUUGUGGUCGUUUACUAUCCCGUUUGUUGGUCCAUCCAGUUGUUAUUAGUAAUACGAAUGCUGAAAAAUCAGAAAACGCCCAAAAUUUAGGUGUUAGAAGCUUGUUACUAGCUUCUCUGUCUCUUUGUCCUGGGAUAUUACCUUCGACUGGUCCAAUCACUUCGAUUGAUCCACGUAUUCAACCAAAAAUGAUUUUAACAUUGGCGAAUAUUUUAACAACAGUCCCCGAAUUUGUUCAUAAUUCCUCGAAUGCUUUGGCCAGUGAAUCAAGUUAUGAAAAAUAUUUUUCAUUGGUUUCUGUUCAGUUGUUAGAAAUAAUUAAUGCCAAGAAUAAUACCAUGUCAAAUACUCAAACGGAUUCAUUAGCUGUUGCUUCUUUCUUUUAUAAUGUUGCCAUAAAAACUGUGCAUGAUUUAUGCCAGAAAUCUAAAAUUAAUGAUGAUGAUAAUAAUAAUAUUGGUAAAAAAUUAUUACUUUGGCCAUUGAUUGGAUUAUUAAGGAAAUUUUGUCAGAUAUCUUCAGUUUCCCCAGAAAAUGAUAUGCUGAACGAUAACUCUUUGGGAUUCGAUUUUACUACAAAAUGUCAACUUGCCUCACAUCAUGAUCUAGCUCGCGUAUUAGAAAUUAUAAAAGAUCUAUUGGAUUGUCCUGAGCCAUCUCAAAUUGUUAUAACAGAAAUAUGUAAAUUAUCUAGACCAUUAUUUAUAUUGCUUGCACAAACAAUUGAAGAUGAAGAUAGCGUUAAUGAUUCAGAAAGCUUCACUUCACUCAAAGAAUGCUUAAUCUGGAUUCUUACUCGUCUUUUAUCUUCUAAUUUAAAUUCCCGUCUCAAUCGUUUGUCAUUAAUACGUAGUUGGUUUAAUCUACCCACUCCAUCCUUGAAAUUUAUGCCAUCAGAACUACAACAUGAAAUAUCAAUUAUGAGUAGUACUACUGAUUGGCUUUCAGCUUAUUCAUGUCAAGAAAGUCUAAUAUUCAAGUUAUUAUCCAAAGUUCAGCCUAUAGAAUUUUCAUCCACAUCUUUAGAUGAAAUUACAAUGAGAAAACAUAAUUCAGUUUAUGUACCAUAUAAUUGUGUCAUAAUAAACGAGAAAAUACCUACUGUUAAUGGAAUACAGAAUUUAUCUUCCAGUAUCAAAAGUCUUGUCACAUUGCUUUUCUUUAUGAGCCCAUCUUCAUUUCAAAAUAAUUCUUCUAAUAAACAAGUUGGACAUCAUUUGCAUAUUCUGAUAGAUGAAAAACAAAGUGAAAACAAUCAAAUCAACGAGAUCACUACUCACGCAGAUCUUUUUCUGAGUUUAUUGACAGACAUGCAUUUCACUUUUCAAGCCAUUUUUGAAUCAAUGAAUAAAGUUCUUAUACCACAGAAUGAAAAAGACAUUAUUGAAAUUGGAACUGUUUCUUCAUUGAUUACUUCUGCUAUGAUUGAAAGCUUAGAUGAUUUAAUUUGGCCUCAAGAUAUCAGUCAAGCUUGUAAUUUAUUUGAGGCAUUGUUCCAUCGUUUCAUUUGUUUACUUCAACAUGCUGAAAAUCAUGAACACGUGGAGUUUUUAUAUCAAAUGUUAAGUCAAUUGUUAGGAAUCUUAGCCUUUUACGCUAAUAAACUUGGGUCUACUAAAGAUAAUGAAAUAAUAACUGCACGAGAUGAAUUCAGUCGUUUAUUGCCAAUUCUAAAUAAGUUGGAACUCGUAAUAAACUCUACAUCACACUCGAUGGGCAAUUCGACUUUAAAUCUUCUACAAUGUAUUAAAGUUACAUUAGCCACACGUGGAGCUAUUCCUUGUCAUGAUUCUUUUUCAUCUUCGCCUGUAAACAAUUUGUAUUUUACUGAAUGUGAUUUUGACAAAGUAGAAGCUGAAGCCUAUCAAUCAAAAUAUCAUCGAAAGAUUAUCGAAGAAGUUGCUGUCUCCAACCUCCAGGAUGUACAACAAUCUGCUUGCAACCAGCUAGAGGAUCCAACUUUGAAAAAGAUUUUCGAAGAAUUGCAUGAUCCUUUGGUUCCUGUUCAAGGUCAUGCAUUGAUUGUGCUUAGUCGAUUGUUGGAAUCCAGAGAUUCAUGUAUAAUGGGCCAUGAACAACUCAUAUUUGAAUUUCCUCUCCCGCCCGUUAGAAUUAUACUCUCGAUUCCUGAUAAAUAUUGUCCGUACAAGAAGUACACACCUCUAUAUUCGCCUUAUCGGAAGAUAAAGACAGCAAGUAGAUGGAUUCCCUACUGUACUUUAUUCAUCUAUCAGUCAAAACUGAUACAAUAAUCUAACUCAAAUACCUGAAUGCACAGCAACGGAAAUAAGAAAUUACUAUAGAUAUUCAACUCAGUUAUGAGUGAUACAAAACGAAGCAAAUAUCUAGAAUAGUAGGACGAAAGCUUACAGUAGGAAAAUAUAAAAUACAAUGAUCCGAGCGUCUAACAAUUACGCAGUGAAUAUAUAAUUAAUAAUUUUCCUUAGGAUAGUUCUGACAGUUCAACCCUUCUUAAAUCCUCUUUGGUGAGACUGUACUACUCAAGUAUCCGAACCUAAUUGAAUGGAGAGAGACUCUAAUCCGUUAGUUGAAAAUCGAGUGCUUUUGACCACUCAACCUCGGCAUUGACCUUUAAAACUAUAUGUCCACUUUGAAAUUCCCCUCUUUUGUUUUUGCACUCACAUAUAUGUGUGUAUACAUAUACCACUAAAACUUUACUAUUUUCGACUUAUCAUGUUAGACUUGGUAAUUAAAUAAUUUAGUUAUUUGUGAUUUUUAGCACCGUUUAGUGUACUGCUGUUGAUGACAAGAUUAUAAAUAACUAAGUGAAACAUAAUCCAACAGUUAACUUAAUUAUUCUUUCAAUAAAUUCAAUGGUAUUUCGUAACUAAACUCAAUUACGCACUAACAUUCGGCUUUUAGUAACAACUAACUGGUCUUUAUUUCUUUUCUUUACUCAUAACAAUUUCACAUGGGUAAUUUUUAUGCUUCAGUUUGUUUAUUCACGCAUAAAUUACAGAUGUUAUUGCGAUUACUUAGUUACUAUUUCCAUGACUGAUUACAUACUGACAUAUAACUCUGAUAAUUAAAUGAAUUAGGGAGGUAUUUACUGAUUGGAUCAAACUCCAUUAAAUUGUCAUAAAAUCUAUAGUCUUAGGUAUUUUAACCACCAAGGUAAUUAGAUCGGAGCCUCUUUUUUCGCUUGUUAAAGUCAUUCACCUUGAGGCUAACCAACAAUAAGCACAUCUUGAUCAUCAGAAAAAAUAUAUACAAAAACGUGUAAUUCUUAUAUUUAAUUUUUUUGUUUAAUGUAAUUCCCAUUUUUUUGCCGUUUAUUUUUUCCAAUAUUUCGUUAAUCUAGGUUUUAACUAAAUAUUUGUCACAUACAGAUAGUUAUAUUUAUUUGAAUGCGAUUCGAUGCCUAUCAGCUAUGGGCUGCAUAUUAACGGACAAAGUAUUAAAUCUACUAUUAAAUCAAUUCACCAAAAUCGUGCAGACUACCAAUAAACCGGCAAAUUCCACUGGUACCAUUGUCACUAGUACUACUGGCGAUUAUGAUAUUGAAUAUAAAUUGAAAUUAGCUGAAUCUAUAAUGCGUGUUUUGUCAAAUUUAGGUGAGAUGGCACCAAAGUAUCGAACAGAAGUGUUUAACUCGUUUGUUAUGGGAUCUAAGUCAUCUGAAGAGUUAAUACGAGCAGCUUGUCUUUCAAAUAUUGCUGAGCUUGUUCGAUUGUUAAAAUAUUCUAUCCAACCAAUCGUUUAUGAGAUUUUUUUGUUGAUCGAAUUUCAUCUAUCUCAAGAUGUAUCAAAUGUAGUUCGUAAAGCUUCAGCGUAUUUAGCACGUUCUUUAUUUUUAUCAGAAACUAGUAUCACCGAAUUACCUGCAUGGAUCCCAUCUGAUGUGAUUCGUGACCUUCAUAGGCUAUUGUCAACACGUCGAGUCAUUGAAAAGGAUUUAUUUGUACAGGAACAAAUUGAAUCAGCUCUUGCUCAAAUAGAUUUAUGUACACGAAAUACUGUGUUUUUGAAACCUGAUAGUCCAUCUAAUCUUAUAAAACAAAUACAUAUUUUAAACCCAU